CACGCACUGCCCCGCCACGCCGCCUCGCUCCGCACAGCCCUCGACAGCUCGGCCGUUCCACAGUUGUGUACAGAGGACUCCAGCAGCUGGUACACCCAGUUGGUAUCCAGAGAGACCCCCAGAGCCCACAGUCAGAGGCGCCGCCUUCCCCGAAGGCCAUGGCGAGGCCCCCGCUGCUGCCCCUGCUGCUGGUGCUGCUCACCGCCGGUUGCGGCGUCUACGCGGCGCGCAGGUGCCAGGACACGCACGCCCAGAGUCAGCUCGACCUCAACAAGGUGACUGGUCAGUGGUAUGUGGUGGAGAUCGUGGAGCACGACCCUAAGGUGCUGGAGAUGUCGAUGAUCGAGCAGCGCAAGUGCCCCAUCGUGGUCCUGCACCGCCAGAACUCCACCGGCAGCUGGCUCACGCUCAAGUGGACCGAGGGCAGGGAUGUUGUCGUCUACAACCUCAACGUCACCGACAUGCGCAGGGCUCUCGGCCGCUGGCAGUCCGUCGGCAAACAGGAGGGGUCGAUGACGCGGCGGGAGAACUACCAGCACUUCGACGGUGUGGUGCUGGUGCUGAAGGCCGUGGAGGACCACAUGGUGCUGACGUUCUGCGACCGCAACCCGGAGCGCUCGCCCUACACGCUGGUGCUGUCGCGGGCGCAGCGCAUGCCCGGCGACGACAUCGACAGCAUCAACAACAUGAUACGCUUCCGCGAGCUGUACAUGGGUCUGGUGAAGAGCACCUGCCCGGGCGCCGCCGCCGCCGUCACCCACUCGCCCGCGCUGAUAGCCGUCGGGGCGCUCGCCGCCGUCGUUCGCCUGUUGCUCGGCCGUGGGGGUCCGUCCUAG